AUGGGCGACUUUGCCUUUGGCCGCACGCCCGAGAUGGCCCGGACAGAGGAAUGGAAGACGGCAGUGCGCAAUCUCAAGCGGGGGAUGGCGCUGCUGGGUCCGUUCAGUCCUGUGCCGUGGCUGUUGAAGAUUGGCUUCAGCAUUCCGCGGUUAUGGAUCGUUCGCGAUUUUCGGGAUAUGGUCGAGUGGUGCAAGCAGUGUAUGAGACAGAGGAUGAAGAUGACGGUCGAUAAGCCGGAUAUCGCCUCCUGGUUAAUCGAGGCUUCCAAAGCCGACAGCAAGACGAUUUUCUCGGGCAACAUGGACUGGAUCCAAGGCGACUCCAUCACGAUGAUCGUGGCCGGAAGUGACACUGUCGCACCCAGCUUGGUCUUCGCCUUCUAUCACCUCGCCCGAGACCCCCAGCACGCGGACAAGAUCCGCCAGGAAUUGCAAACCGUCGAGUCGAUCUACGACACGGCCGCGCUGCAGAAACUCAAGCAUCUGGCCGCGUUCACCAACGAGAUUCUGCGCCUGUACCCGCCGACUCCGACGGGGGGAUACCGGAUUUCGCCGCCGCAGGGGCUGACGAUCGCAGGGCGAUACAUCCCGGGGAAUACGACGAUCGUCGCGCCGAAAUACCACAUUGCAAGGCUGGAAUCCUGCUUCGAGCGCGCAAACGAAUUCAUCCCCGAACGAUGGUACAGUCGCCCGGAGAUGGUGAAAGACCGACGCGCCUUCUCUCCGUUCGCGCAGGGCCGGUAUUCCUGCCUAGGCAAGAACCUGGCGCUGGCAGAGCUGCAUUUCAUGAUCGCGCUGUUUGCGUCCAGGUACAAGAUCCGGUUCCCCGAGGGGGAUGACGGGUCGCGGGUGGUGACGGAGAUGAAGGACUGUUUUACGGCGAAUCCGGGGCCGUUGAAGUUGGUGUUUGAGCCGUUGGCAGGCCAGGAAUGA